CACGAAACCGCAACCGCAUUGUAGUCCACGUGAACCACCAGACAUGGGAAGGCGACUGUCACGUGUAUAGACCAUAAUCGAACGCAAUGUGAAGUGACGUCACGUACGAUGGGCCGCCGGAGACCGCGCGAGUAACCGCGAUGACGUCGAAGAUGCUGCUGUCGCUGCUGCUGCACUGCUUCUACGUGGCCACCACCGCAUCCAUACCCAGUGGAGGUCUAGGCCUGCCCGGGGCCGGCAGCGGCGAAAGCUUGCGGCCUGAGAGGCCAUACUUCGACGACGUGUCUCCGAGGAAUGUCUCGUCGGUGGUCGGUCAGGCCGCCGUGCUCAGGUGUCGGGCGAAACACAUAGGGAAUAGAACUGUAUCAUGGAUGCGCAAACGCGACCUACACAUCCUGACCUCCCACAUCUUCACGUACACCGGGGACGCUCGGUUCAGCGUAUUGCACCCAGAACCCUCGGACGACUGGGAUCUGAAGAUAGACUACGUGCAGCCGAGGGAUGCAGGGGUCUACGAGUGCCAGAUCAACACUGAGCCGAAGAUCAAUAUGGCGGUCAUGCUCAAUGUUGAAGAUGAGUCCCUCACCCCCGCGACCCAGGCCCCGCCCCGAUCCUCAGCGGCGGCGGCGACGAUCUGGGGCUCGCCAGAAGUGUUCGUGAAGAAAGGGAGCACUAUAUCGUUGACGUGCACGGUGAAUGUGCAUUCUUCGCCGCCCUCCAGCGCAUCUGUGUUAUGGUACCACGGAAACUCAGUAGUGGACUUCGACUCUCCCAGAGGGGGGAUCAGCCUGGAGACGGAGAAGACGGAAGGUGGAACCACCAGCAAGCUGCUGGUCACCAAGGCCGCUUUCACGGACUCUGGAAACUACACUUGCGUGCCGAAUAACGCGCACCCGGCCUCCGUGUCCGUGCACGUGCUCAAUGGCGAGCACCCGGCGGCCAUGCAGACGAGCAACCGAGCGUCCUCCUACCUCACGUCCCAGCUGAGCUGCGCCGCCGUGACGUACCUACUCUCCUCGAUGGCUUGCAGAUGAUCGCCCUGACCGGCCCGGGGACCGUAGGCUAAGGGUAUGGGAUUGGCUUGAAUUCUGAUCAUAUUUUGUUGUUUACCCCUUUAUUAGUGAAAUAGGGUGCUGUCAA